AUGGACCUGCUGCAGAAGGUGGCCAUCUUCCUCGCGGCCCUUGUGAUGCUGGUGGCGAUCCACCUCAUCACAAGCUCCAGUUUAGGCCCAACCGUCAAUGAUGUGCCGUUAGCGGAAACGAUCAGAGAUGAAUUCCUGGACGAUUUUGAAGAUGAAGUUGAAUCGAAGAGGGGUGCUACAGGCGAAGAGGAGGAGCUGUCAGACGACAUCACCUUUCUGUUCGCUGUGAUCGACAUGAACCGAAGGACCCACAUGGGCAUCGAGAACUACACGUUCGAAAAGGACUACCUGGAGCAGGUCAAGGGCUUCCUCCGUAACUACCGCCCCGAGAAGAUGCAGAUCAUCAUGCAGCGCAAGUACUACCCGAAUCUCGAAGACCUCAUCUACGAAGGCGUCCACGUCCGCUUCGUCGAGCUCGAAGAUCUGCGCUCGUGGCGCUUCUACGAGGGCGUCGAGCGCAUCCGCACGUCCGACUGGUGGUCCGCCGCCACGCCCUGGCUCUCCAACGUGCCCCAGGGCUACAGCGACCUCUACAACCCCAUCGUCAUGCACAAGCUCCUGUGGCUGCGCGACCUGUCCGUCCUCAAUCCGUUCAAGACCAAGUACUUCGUGUGGCUCGACUCCGGCGGCAUCUGCACCCCGCGCAUCCGAGACGGCAUCCAGUCCAUCCCCGAGUUCAAGACCAAGGCCAAGCAUUACAUGGACAAGUUCUUGGUGACUAUCACGCAGUACGCGAUGAGCAAUGAGCUGCACGGCUGCUAUCGUGAGGCGAUGCUCAAGCUCACUCACGAUCAGUCUCCCUGCUAUAUCGCCAAGGGAUGGCUCAUGGGUGGCCAACGGGAGUAUCUGGAAAAGGUGUCCAGCCUCUACGAAUAUAUCUUGAACAAAACCUUGGAGCUGGGGUGCCUGGGGACGGAGGAGACGCUGCUGACGAUGGCGUACUAUCGACGACCGGACCUGUUCCACGUCCACCACAACUUCGAGGACCGCUCCGAUCCCUUCCCACAAAGCGACGACGUCUGCUACUUCGUGUGGGAGCGAACUCCCGCCAAGGCGAGGAAGAUCGAACACGACAGUGUGCACGUCAACCUCAUCGCCGCCAUCAAGGCGUUCAAGGAGCAGGGCGGCACGAAGGAGAUGCUGGUGAAGUGCAUCGACGCCUGCUACAGCGACGAGGAUUCGGCCCGGCGGCACUCGUCGCCCUCGUCCUUCAGCCAGUGGGAGAUCACCAUCGAGGACCCCGCACGCAACCACCAACAAAAGCAAUACCCGCAGCGCACCAUCCACCGCGAGCCGCCGCAGCACUUUGCCUCGGCCCUACCGACGAGAAACAACCACCACCACCACCACCACCACAACGGCUGGCAAGCUCAAAGAGAGGCGGCUGCGGCGAUCGCGAUAUGCACGACCACGACGACCACGACGACCAGCAGCAGCAACGACCGCCGACAGGCCAAGGGACAGGAGAGUCCGUGUCUGCCGCCUCUCCGGCAGGAGCUGGGCGCCGUGCUGCAGGCCACCGCGCAACAGUCGCCGCAGCCCAGCCGACCCAUGCCCGAGGUCGCGGCCUACCAGGAGCGGUCCCUCCGGGGCUCACUCCCCGACACGCCUUACCACCACCAUCACAACAACAGCAGCGCCAGCAACAACGGUUACCACUCGGCCGUGCCAUCGCAGGCCCGCCACUCCUCGCCCUCUUCCUCGUCGUUGCAAGCGACCCCGCCUCCGCCGAGGCAGCCCUCGAACAUUCUGCCUUCGCUCUCUUCGCUCCUGCUCCUUCCCUCAUUGCCAUCGCCAAUGCCGGCGGCCCAGCAGCCUGCGCCGUCGCACUCGUAUCGGCCUCUCGCCCCAGCUACCAACGACUACCACGACAUGGGCAACAAGCGAAAGCGGGAGCACUGGCAAUCGCCCGCCCAACCCUGUACUUUUGUUUGA